AUGGAUAAAACUCUUAAAUAUAAAAGUAUAAAUAAUCAUUCAAAAUAUGGUUUAUUAAGAGUACAUGUUGGUGGAAAACAAUUACUAUAUGGUAAUAAUACAUUUAUAAAUCAUAAGUGUAAUAGUACUACAAAUAUUAACAGUAUUCAUAAUAAUAAUAAUAAUAAUAAUGAUAAUAUUUCACAACAUUUAAAGUUAAUUAACAAUGACACUAAUGAUUCAACUAUAAUGAUUAAUACAUUAUCAGAUAAUUCAACAAUACAAAAUCAAGAUGAUUCAUAUGAUCAACUAAGAUCUACAACAACAACAACAACAUCAUCAUCAACGAAAGCUCCUCAACAACAACAACAACGCUCAUCAUUAACAACGGAAUUUAUAACAUCAAAUAUAUUAAUGAAAUCUGAUUAUACUUUAUCGAAUCAGAAAUCCAAUGAUUCAAAUUCAAUCAAUUUAAUGAAACCUAUGGACAAACUAGAAACUAGUAAUAAUAAUAAUAAUAUUAUAAUGAAAAAACACUCAAAUUCAUUAUCUGAAGUAUUCUUAAAAGUAAAUAGGAAUAAAUUGAAUGAUAAUAAUGAUAAUAAUAAAUCGAUUAGUCAACAACCUCAUUCAUCCUCACCACCACUACCACCACCACAACAACAAAAUUUCAAAGAAAAACUUACCAAUAUAUUACGUAAACAUUCAUUUCAUACAUUAUCACCAUAUACAUAUAUAAAACCAAUAGAAUUAUCUCAAUCAAGACGUUCUACUGGUAGAACUGAUAAACAUGAUAAAUGUAAUGAUAUUAUAACAUUAAGACGUUGUGCAUUAAUGCCAUUAAAUCAUAAUACACCUUAUUCAUCAAUUAAUAAUGAAUAUAUGAUACAUUCGAAUAGAAAUUCAGAAAAUUUAUCAAAUUUAUCUACAACAUUAAUAACACCAAGAAAUAGUAAUCAAUUAGAUAAAUCAAUAAUUAUCAAUGAUCCAUUAUUAUUCACAUCAUCACCCUCAGCAACAACAACAACACCUAAUUAUAAUUAUAAUAUUAAAAUGAAACAUUUAAUUGAAUUAAAAGCAAUCUUUAUGUUUUUAAUUAAUAUUAGUUCCAUUAUAUUCUGUUGGUUACCCUAUUACACUUUAAUCUUAUUUCAUGAUAUUUUACCUAAUUUAUGUAUUACAUUUACUAUUUAUCAUUUUUUUUAUUGGUUAAGAUUUCUAUGUAUAGCAUUCAAUCCAAUUAUAUAUGGUUCAGCAUCAGAAGAUUUACGUAAAGCAUUUAAACGUUUUAUAUUACAUUGUGGUAAAAUAAAACAUGAGAAAAAAGCAUUAAAACGUUUAGUAUUAGCUGGUUUAGGUGCAGCUGGUAUACCAUACGGGCAUAGAAUAAUAAUACCACAACAAAUGAAAUCAACAGAUUUUAAUAAUCAACAAUAUAAUAAAUCAGUUCUAUUUAAUAAACCAUUAAUGGUAAUAGCUGAUAUUGAAGAAAAGAUUUAACUAUCUAUCUAUCUAUCUAUCUAUCUAUCUAUCUAUCUAUCUAUCUAUCUAUCUAUCUAUCUAUCUA